GGGUUCAAGCCCUGGUCCGGGAAGAUCCCACAUGCCGCAGAGCAACUAAGCCCGUGCGCCACAACUACUGAGCCUGCGCUCUAGAGCCUGCAAGCCACAACUACUGAGGCCCACGUGCCUGGAGCCCAUGCUCCGCAACAAGAGAAGCCACCACAAUGAGAAGCCCACGCACGGCAACGGCGUAGCCCCUGCCCACCGCAACUGGAGAAAGCCCACGCGCGGCAACGAAGACCUAACGCAGCCAUGAAUGAAUGAAUGAAUGAAAAUCACUGACAGAGCUAGAAUACCGUUAAUUAUAUUAUAUUGUGCACCCCCUGGGUAUAAAUAACAUAAAUUUUUAGUUCCUUUUAGUCCAAUACAGAAUAUUUUAGUUUCAUUUAAGCAAAUUAGGUUAUUUCAGGUAAUUUAAUUUAAAAAGUGACACUUCUAACAAGAAGCCUAAUCCUUUCCCCAAGGCUUACUGAAGAUUUAAGAAAAAGAAAUCCCAGGCGGUAGAAUUCAGUGUGCUCUUAAAUGUCAGUAAACCAUACCAAUGCAGUAAGAACUUAUUUUGCAGGAAGGAUAUCGUAUAUUAACAAAUAAAUGUAUGUGCAGACCUGUACGAAUUGCAGUAGAUUAUGACCACUUUUCGGAAGCAUUCUUCAAGUAGUUUCAACUUUGCGGUCCAUCUCUCAUUGGUAGGUAGGUCGUUUAUAACAGCUGUUUAGUGCUGUUUGUGUGUAAACACUUAACGACCUCAAUGACGCUGGGGCCCUGGCACCCCAGAGAGGUCACUCUCGGCUGCUGGCAGGACAUGCCCUUUGAGCCGGGGCGCCGGCAGCGAGGACGGGUCUAUAGUGAUCCAUCCCUUCCUCGGAGCAGCCAGAGGGGAGAUUUUCUGCGGCAGCAGAAAACACGCGUCCAGUUGUAGUCAGAGAACAAGCUCACAGCAGCCCCUUGGGAGACCAGACCCGUACCUUUUUGUCUGAUUCUUAGUGCUCAGCAAAUCUGAACUAUGGAGAAAGUGGUUUUCCCGUAAAGCCCAGCCUGGGAUAUUCUUCCUGAUUCAGUAGUCUGUGUCGUAAAUACAGAUCCGUUUCCUCUACCGGAAGUAUUAACCUUCGGACACCUGAGACUUUUCCAGGCUUGACUUCGUUUUUGUACCUUGUGGCCUUUACCCCUUGUGAGCUGAUGUCCAAAUCUUGGUGUUGAUGGUGUAGAAAUCUCGGUGUCUGACCAGCAGUGUCUCACUAGGUAACAAUGUCAUCGUUAUCAAUGGCAGUGACUUUACCCAGACAGUAAGCUAGAACUUGUACUGUCUGUAACGUUAUUUUGUACAGAAGCCAGCCAGUCACCGUGUUAACAUAAUGUAAGAGUCAGGUUUAUUUUUAAAGGUAAUCCGGGCAUGCGUUAUAAAGUUAGGCAGCUGUCUUCUAGAGCCAACUUUUAUCUGUUCUUGUUUUUUCUCAAAAUUAAUUUCCUAAAUUUCUACCCUGUAUCUUAUAUCAAGACAACCCAGUCUAGAUCAAUGCUGGUGUGCCAGGGACCAGGCAUUGGAUCAGUGACCCAUAAACCCACAUGGGCUCUGGGCGCCAGAACCAAGAAGUGGCUGCUUGCUGAUGUCAUCUCAACUGUGGAAUUUAGUCACUCUGGAGAUCUUCUUGCAACGGGAGACAAGGGCGGCAGAGUGGUUAUUUUUCAGCGGGAACAAGAGAAUAAAAGCCGCCCUCAUUCCAGGGGGGAAUAUAACGUUUACAGUACCUUUCAAAGUCACGAACCAGAGUUUGACUAUUUGAAGAGUCUAGAAAUUGAAGAAAAAAUUAAUAAAAUUAGGUGGUUACCGCAACAGAGUGCUGCUCAUUUUCUGCUCUCCACAAAUGAUAAAACUAUUAAAUUAUGGAAAAUAAGUGAACGGGAUAAAAGAGCGGAAGGCUAUAACUUAAAAGAUGAAGAUGGACGACUUCGAGAUCCAUUUAGAAUCACGGCGCUGCGGGUCCCAAUAUUGAAGCCCAUGGACCUUAUGGUAGAAGCAAGUCCACGACGAAUUUUUGCAAAUGCUCACACAUAUCAUAUAAAUUCCAUUUCAGUAAAUAGUGAUCAUGAAACAUAUCUUUCUGCAGAUGACCUGAGAAUUAAUCUAUGGCAUUUAGAAAUCACAGAUAGAAGUUUUAACAUCGUGGACAUCAAGCCUGCCAACAUGGAAGAGCUGACAGAGGUGAUCACGGCGGCCGAGUUCCACCCGCACCAGUGUAACGUGCUCGUCUACAGCAGCAGCAAGGGGACCAUCAGACUGUGUGACAUGCGCUCCUCCGCCCUGUGUGACCAACACUCCAAGUUUUUUGAGGAGCCGGAAGACCCCAGCAGUAGGUCCUUCUUCUCCGAAAUAAUCUCUUCUGUGUCCGAUGUGAAAUUCAGCCACAGCGGUCGGUACAUGAUGACCCGGGACUACCUGUCGGUGAAGGUGUGGGACCUCAACAUGGAGAGCCGGCCUGUCGAGACCCACCAGGUCCACGAGUACCUUCGAAGCAAGCUGUGUUCCCUGUACGAAAACGACUGCAUCUUUGACAAGUUUGAGUGCUGCUGGAACGGCUCCGACAGAAUGGUGGAACGUGUGCAGUACUUCAAACUCUGAACGUGUGUAUCCACAAACUUCCAUAACUUUUUUGUUUCUGUAGACAUGGUACAUCUGACACACCAGGUAAGGUCUGGAAAAAGCCUUAACUGCAGCUGCUUCUGAGAAAGAAAAUCCCAAGGAGUAGUAACAGAAUCGCUGCUGAAAAAGUAACACGUGGUUUAAAGUAUGCCUCAAAUUCACUGCAGUUGAAAACUUAGGUGCUUUUUAAACCUUUUUAAAAGUACUUUGGGGGAAGGGUAACACACUUUCUAAAAACUGCUGGAAUUAUAUGCCUGCCGAAUUUCAUACUGCAUUUCAAGCCAGCAAAAAUUAAACAAUUUUAAUUAUGUAAUGCCACCAAUACCUUGGUGGUUUACUUUAAAAGAAGGUUGAUAUCAGAAAUCAAGAUUUCCCGAGACAAAAAAAUACAGAGGUAACAACACUAAGCGAUUGGAGCUUGCUGCCACGAAAGUUCACACAGGAGCUCGAGACCCAGUCCUCCAGGGGACAAAACAGCUGGGGGCUCACGUGCUGCUCUUGAAAUUAAGGUGUAUUUUGGUUCCUGGUGAUACGGAGACGCAAGAACAACAGUCUUGUCAACUCAGUCCCCUGAAUUAAUGUUAACAGGGUGCCACGUUAGCUCACAUCACGUAGGAAAUAGAGAAUCAACAAGUACAUUUAUUUUAAUUUAAAUGUAAUUCUUUUACUGCGUAUCGGUUGACGCAGUUCACAAACCUGAGAUGUGGAACAGUUACCUAAGAAUCAGUCAACCCUGGCCCUUAAGGUAAAGCAUUCCUAGUAAGAUGGGGUUGUAUUGACUUGUUCAACUAUUUUGACCAAAAAGUUUAAUAAAUUUCAGAUGUUUAACCAGAUUUGUACUAUGUAACUGGACGACUUUUUUCCAUCUUGCCUUUAACACAUUUCCUACCAAACAGGAAACCAGCCGUCUGCCUCUCAGACGGCCCCGGGCAGAAGGCGCAUGCGUGGUGGCUGCCGCCGGCGGGCGGGGGUCC